UCGGAGUCGAUGGUUCUGGAGAGCGCAGACAGCGUGAAUAACGGAAACCCUUCGCCGCUGGAGGCUCUGUUGGCGGGAGCGGAAGGCUUCCCACCCAUGCUGGACAUCCCACCUGAUGCCGAUGAUGAGACUAUGGUGGAAUUGGCAAUUGCUCUCAGUCUGCAACAAGACCAGCAAGGAAGCAGCAGCAGUGCUUUGGGGCUCCAGAGUUUGGGACUGUCGGGACAGGCCCCCAGCUCUUCGUCCUUAGAUGCCGGAACCUUGUCUGACACCACGGCAUCAGCUCUCCUCAUGCUUCUAGCUCCAGCGUCAGACGAUGAAGGAAGCACGGCCGCAACCGAUGGUUCCACACUGCGCACCUCCCCAGCAGAUCACGGAGGCAGCGUGGGUUCGGAGAGCGGGGGCAGUGCCGUGGACUCGGUGGCU